AUGCAGUGCAGAGAAGAGAAACUGGUUUACAGGAUUGUCCCCUGGAACAGGAGGCUACUGGCCCGACACCACAAGCAGCCUGCAGGACCCCUGUUUGACAUCAAAUGUCUGCAGCAGUCUGUGUGUCGGCUUCAUCUCCCACACUGUGAGAUCCGCUCCACAGGUGGAGGUGAGUUCUUGUCAGUCGCUCAUGUGAACGACGAGGGCAUCGAGUUUAUCGGCCCUCAGAAGAUCACAGAAACUCACGUUGUUAUAAACAUCACAGGGUUUUCUGGUUUCGGUAAUGUCAAGGAUGAAGACUCGCCGGCUGAGCCGGUCCGAGCGCUGGUUCUGCUGUUCUACAGGCCCCCGGCUGAUCCCGACGCUGAAUCCCUCCUCAACGUGUUGCUGCUACCGAGGAACGUGGUGCUCCGGGAUGUGCUGCGCACCAGGAAGAAAUUAGUUGGAGAUGAGAGCUACAUAGAGACGUCCCCACACUGUAAACUGCAGCCAAAGCAGGAAUACACACUGUCCACUUGUCCUGCAGAGGACUCAGUUCUAGUUCAACCAACAGAAGCAGAGUUUGACUGCGACAACUACGACAACUACUUCCCAUCAUUCCAGGUGAUUUUAGAAACAAUGAGGAAACACGUGAAGCUGUUUUUUCAGCAGUUUUGUUUUUUAUAUAUUUAUGUAAAUCUCUUCAUCAAACCUAUGCCAUUUCUACUCACCAGCCACUUUAUUAGGUACACCUUGCUAGUACCGGGCUGGACCCUCUUUUGCCUUCAGAAGUGCCUUAAUUCUUCGUGGCAUACUUUCAACAAGGUGUUGGAAGACUUUGGUCCAUGUUGACAUGAUAGCAUCACGCAGUUGCUGCAGAUUUGUCGGCUGCACAUCCACGAUGUGAAUCUCCAGUGAACUCAUUAUCAUGUUCUGAAACUAGUUUGAAAUGAUUUGAGCUAUGUGACAUGGUCAUUAUCCUGCUGGAAGCAGCCAUCAGAAGAUGGUACACUGUGGUCAUAAAGGGACGGACAUGGUCAGCAACAAUACUGUCGUGUUUAAACGAUGCUCAGUUGGUACUAAGGGGUCCAAAGAGGGAC